CCCCUCGCCGCGCCGCUUCACGCCGCCCGCCCGGGACGCGGCUCGCCCCGGAGUCCUUCACCAUUCCCGGCAGCGUCCCCCGCCCCAUGCAGUCGCGGCUCCUGCUCCUCGGCGCUCCCGGCGGCCCGGCCGCGCGGCGUGUGCGGCUGCUCCUGCGGCAGGUGGUGCGCGGCCGGCCGGGUGGCGUCGGGCGGCGGUCGGAGGUCAGACUGGUGCACGCCGGGGCGGGGGCCGAGACAGGUGAUACAAUCAGUAUUGGAGAUGUAUCCUACACUUUGAAAACUCCUAAGAGCCCGGAACUUGUGCCACAGAACUAUAUUUCAGACUCUCUGGCUCAAUCUGUAAUUCAGCAUCUAAGAUGGAUAAUGCAGAAGGAUCUUCUGGGGCAGGAUGUCUUUCUGAUAGGACCUCCGGGGCCUCUUCGACGCUCUAUCGCUAUGCAGUACCUGGAGCUGACCAAACGGGAAGUUGAAUACAUUGCCUUGUCCAGGGACACCACGGAAACGGAUCUCAAACAGCGCCGGGAGAUCCGCGCAGGCACGGCCUUCUACAUCGACCAGUGUGCAGUUCGUGCAGCCACAGAAGGCAGAACUCUCAUUCUGGAAGGCUUGGAAAAGGCGGAAAGGAAUGUUUUGCCUGUUUUGAACAACUUGCUGGAAAAUAGGGAGAUGCAGCUUGAAGACGGGCGCUUCCUGAUGUCUGCAGAGCGUUAUGACAAACUUCUCCAAGAUCAUACCAAAACAGAGCUGGAUGCUUGGAAGAUCGUUCGAGUUAGUGAAAAUUUCCGAGUGAUUGCCUUGGGCUUGCCUGUGCCCAGGUACUCUGGGAACCCUUUAGACCCCCCUCUCCGUUCUCGAUUUCAAGCCAGAGAUAUUUAUUAUCUACCCUUCAAGGACCAACUUGAACUGUUAUAUUCUGUUGGAGCCAAUGUUUCUGCUGAAAAAAUUUCUCAGCUUUUGUCCUUUGCCACCACUCUCUGUUCCCAAGAAUCUUCUACUCUAGGACUUCCAGAUUUCCCUUUAGACAGUUUACCAGCUGCAGUUCAAAUCCUGGAUUCCUUUCCUAUGAUGUCAAUCAAACAUGCAAUCCACUGGCUUUACCCGUACACUAUUUUACUAGGAGAAGAAGGGAAGAUGGCUGUGGAAGGUGUUUUAAAACGUUUUGAACUCCAAGAUUCAGGAAGUUCUUUGCUUCCUAAAGAGAUUGUGAGAGUGGAGAGGACAACUGAAAACCACAUCUCCCAGGCUUCCGUGACUGUCCGGAUUGCAGACAAAGAGGUGACCAUUAAGGUGCCAGCUGGAACCAGGCCAUUCAGUCAACCUGGUGCAUCAGAACGUUUUAUACAAACUUUAAGCCAUAAACAAGUACUGGCUGAAAUGAUACAGUCUCACAUGGUUAAAGACAUAUGUUUAAUUGGAGGAAAAGGUUGUGGUAAAACAGUCAUGGCUAAGAACUUUGCAGACACCUUAGGAUACAACAUAGAACCUAUCAUGCUCUAUCAGGACAUGACAGCACGUGAUCUGCUGCAGCAGAGAUACACCCUUCCCAACGGAGACACUGCCUGGCGGUCCUCACCCCUCGUGAACGCUGCCCUAGAAGGAAAGCUGGUCCUCUUGGAUGGCAUACACCGGGUCAACGCAGGCACACUCGCUGUGUUGCAAAGGUUGAUCCACGAUCGGGAGCUGAGCCUCUAUGAUGGCUCUAGGCUGCUGAGAGAAGACAGGUAUAUGCGCUUGAAAGAGGAGCUGCAAAUGUCUGAUGAGCAGCUACAACAGAGAUCCAUUUUUCCUGUCCACCCCUCCUUCAGAAUCAUCGCCUUGGCAGAGCCCCCUGUUAUUGGAAGCACAACACAGCAGUGGCUGGGGCCAGAAUUCUUAACCAUGUUCUUUUUCCAUCACAUGAAACCACUUGUCAAAAGUGAAGAAAUCCAAGUGAUUAAGGAAAUGGUUCCAAAUACACCUCUGGAAGCUUUGGACAAAUUGUUAUCACUUACACACAAACUCAGAGAGACACAAGAUCCAACGGCACAGUCAUUGGCAACAUCGCUUUCUACCAGACAGCUGCUGCGGAUUUCUCGUCGGCUGUCACAGUACCCUAAUGAAAAUCUCCACGGUGCUGUCACCAAAGCCUGCCUUUCCAGGUUUUUACCAAGCCUUGCAAAGUCAGCAUUAGAAAAAAAUCUAGCAGAUGCUUCAAUAGAAAUAAGUGCUAAUGAUAAUCUAGACCCAGAACUGGAAGAUUUCAAAUGUGAAGUAGCAUCUGGCUGUCUGAGGAUUGGAGCUGUCAGUGCACCAGUCUAUAAUGCCCACGAGAAAAUGAAAGUGCCUGAUGUUCUGUUCUAUGACAACAUUCAGCACAUGAUAGUGAUGGAAGAUAUGCUCAAAGACUUUCUUCUUGGAGAACAUCUAUUAUUGGUUGGCAACCAGGGUGUAGGAAAAAACAAGAUUGUUGACAGAUUUCUUCACCUGCUCAAUAGACCUCGAGAAUAUAUCCAGCUUCACAGGGACACCACAGUACAAACCCUUACUCUUCAGCCUUCUGUUAAAGAUGGACUUAUUGUGUAUGAAGACUCGCCUUUGGUUAAAGCAGUAAAAUUGGGUCAUGUUCUGGUAGUAGAUGAGGCAGACAAGGCCCCAACAAAUGUCACCUGUAUUUUAAAAACUCUAGUAGAAAAUGGAGAAAUGAUUCUAGCAGAUGGAAGACGCAUCAUUGCAAAUUCCGCUAAUGUCAGUGGAAGAGAAAAUGUUAUACUGAUUCAUCCUGAUUUUAGGAUGAUUGUUCUAGCCAACAGACCUGGAUUUCCUUUCCUAGGCAACGAUUUCUUCGGCACUUUAGGUGAUAUUUUUAGCUGCCAUGCAGUUGAUAAUCCCAAGCCCCAGUCGGAGCUUGAAAUGCUCAGGCAAUAUGGACCAAAUGUGCCCGAACCCAUCCUGCAGAAGCUUGUGGCUGCCUUUGGAGAGCUGAGGAGUUUAGCUGACCAGGGCAUUAUUAACUACCCUUAUUCUACCAGAGAAGUUGUCAACAUAGUCAAGCACUUACAGAAAUUUCCCACCGAAGGUCUCUCCAGUGUGGUCAGGAAUGUGUUUGACUUUGAUUCCUACAACCACGACAUGAGGGAGAUUUUGAUUAAUACUUUGCACAAAUACGGGAUACCUAUUGGAACAAGACCUACCAGUGUGCAGCUGGCGAAGGAGUUGCCCCUCCCUGAACAGACAUUCAUGGGCUACUGGACAAUUGGCCAGUCAAGAAAUGGAAUGCAAAAACUGUUGUGUCCAGCAGAAACUCAGCAUAUAGACAUAAAGGGCCCAGCACUUAUAAACAUAGAGGAAUAUCCAGUAGAAAGACAUGAAGUACGAUCUCAAACGUUCACUGAAGAAUGUGCUUCCUGGAGGUUGCCAUUGGAUGAAAUCAACAUAAUCUGUGACAUUGCUACAUCACAUGAAAAUGAAGAAAAUACUCUCUAUGUAGUUACAUGCAAUCCUGUUUCCUUAUACUUCAUGAAUAUGGCCGGGAAAAGUGGCUACUUUGUGGACUUUUAUGACAUCUUCCCAAGAACUGCCAGUGGAGUGUGGCACCCAUUUGUGACAGUGGCACCCCUGGGAAAUCCCCUCAAGGGUCAAGUGAUUCUCCAUGAGCAGCAGAGUCAUGUCAUCUUGUUGUUGGAUACCAUUGGCCGAGCCCUUCGUCGUCUCGUUCUCACUUCAGAAGAAGUUACAUCUAAGAGACCUUCCUGGUGGAACAAGGAAGAAGCCGAAACUUAUAAAAUGUGUAGAGAAUUUUCGCACAAAAACUGGCUGGUGUUCUACAAAGAAAAAGGGAACAACUUGACUGUGCUGGAUGUGCUAGAAGGGCGAACUCAUACCAUCUCACUUCCCAUCGAGCUCAAGACAGUUUUCCUUGUAGCAGAGGACAAAUGGCUUCUGGUGGAGAACAAAACAAACCAGAAGUACCUUUUAACCAAGCCUGCACACAUUGAGUCCGAGGAUAGCGGGGCUUGCCAGUUGUAUGUGCUGAAGGAGGAGCCGCCCAGCACAGGGUUUGGAGUUACGCAAGAAACAGAUUUCAGCAUACCUCAUAAAAUUUCAAGUGACCAGCUAUCGUCUGAGAAUCUGAGUUCAGCUGUGGGACAAAAGAUUGCUUCUCCUAACCGUAUUCUCUCCGAUAACAAUAGUUAUGCUACAGUUGUCAUUGGUUUCCCAGAUCUUAUGUCACCCAGUGAAGUUUAUUCUUGGAAAAGGCCAUCAUCUUUGCAUAAGUCAGGGUUCACUGAUACUGCCUUCUACGGAGGAAAGAAGAGAAGUGGAACUCCCAAACAGAGCAACUGCGUGACUCUCACAGAGACCAAUCAGGUCGCCAGGAUUCUGCCCCCAGGAGAAGUCCCUCUGAAAGACAUCUACCCAAAAGAUGUUACGCCCCCACAGACAUCUGGUUAUAUAGAAGUCACUGAUCUUCAAUCAAAGAAACUCCGAUAUAUCCCUAUUCCCAGAUCAGAAUUUCUCUCCCCAUACACCACAUGGCUAUCUACUAUCUCCGACACAGAUGCGCUGCUGGCUGAGUGGGGCAAAGGCGGUGUGGUUACUGUCGAUAUGGGAGGUCGCGUCAGGCUCUGGGAAACUGGCCUUGAGCACCUGCAGCGCUCACUCAUGGAAUGGAGAAACAUGAUUGGACAAGAGGACAGACAUAUGCAGAUAACGAUCAACAGAGACAGUGGUGAAGACGUGAGUUCCCCCAAACACGGGAAGGAGGAUCCUGACAACAUGCCCCACGUGGGCGGCAACACCUGGGCGGGCGGAACAGGGGGAAGAGACACUGCAGGCCUGGGCGGCAAAGGAGGGCCUUACCGGCUGGAUGCGGGCCACACCGUGUACCAGGUCUCUGAGGCCGAGAAAGAUGCGGUUCCCGAGGAGGUGAAGAGAGCCGCGAGGGAGAUGGGCCAGAGAGCCUUCCAGCAGAGGCUGAAGGAGAUCCAGAUGAGUGAAUAUGAUGCUGCAACUUACGAGAGGUUUUCAGGGGCCGUCCGAAGGCAGGUGCACUCCCUCCGAAUCAUCCUGGAUAAUUUACAGGCUAAAGGUAAAGAAAGACAGUGGCUAAGACACCAAGCUACUGGGGAACUCGAUGAUGCCAAGAUCAUUGAUGGACUGACUGGAGAGAAAGCCAUCUACAAACGCCGGGGUGACCUGGAGCCACAAGUGGGAAGCCCCCAACAGAAACCCAAGCGCCUGCGCCUGGUGGUGGAUGUGUCCGGCAGCAUGUACCGCUUCAACGGGGUGGAUGGCCGUCUGGAGCGCUCGAUGGAGGCUGUGUGUAUGGUAAUGGAAGCCUUCGAGAACUAUGAAGAGAAGUUCAAGUAUGACAUCAGUGGACAUUCUGGAGAUGGCUACAACAUCGACCUGGUUCCCGUGAACAAAAUCCCCAAGGACAAUAAGCAGAGACUAGAGAUUCUGAAGACCAUGCAUGCCCACGCUCAGUUCUGCAUGAGUGGGGACCACACGUUAGAGGGGACAAAACAUGCCAUCCAGGAAAUUGUCAAAGAAGAAGCUGACGAGUACUUUGUCAUCAUCCUGAGUGAUGCAAACCUGUCACGAUAUGGAAUACAUCCUGCCAACUUUGCCCAGAUCCUGACAAGCAACCCUCAAGUAAAUGCUUUCGCCAUUUUUAUUGGAUCUUUAGGUGAUCAAGCAGCCAGGCUGCAGAGGACUUUACCGGCUGGCCGGUCUUUCAUUGCCAUGGAUACCAAGAACAUCCCUCAAAUUUUACAACAGAUCUUUACCUCCACCAUGUUGUCCAGUAUCUGAGCGUGUCCUCGUCCUGAGCCCCGGGGUCCGCAGUGGAAGGAAAGGGGGCGCAGUGACGCGGCCCACGCAGUGCGGGCCGCCGGCAGCUCUGCUCUCCCCACGCUCGUCCGGUGUCAGAGUUCCGAACCGUGGCCGGGAGGGCUUGUGUCUGGAAACCACCUCCACCGAUAGCUUUACAAACAAUCGAGGAAGCAAGGCGGCCUGCGUUUUAUAAAAGGUGAGGGAUAAAGGAAGGCGGUUGGACAACUGUGGUACUUAGUCUGUUUCCAAAAACCCGAGGGAAAGAGAAUACUGAACUUCUGCCUUAACGCGUCAUCUGGUCACCUAAGAUAACGAAAAUGACCUCGUCGCGCUGAGCCUGGAGGCCUCAUUCUGACACGCAUUGACGAGUCUACACAAACCCACCCAACUCGUUCCUGCCCAAUAAUUAUUUUUAUUUUCUCCCCUACUUUGUGUUGCCCAACAAUGACGUGAUAGUGUUAAACCCGCUGAGCAGUCCUGCUAACCACGGCAUUUUAUGAAAGGUUGGAUUUUCUCAGUAAUUCCAUUUUCUUGGCCAAAACCGAAAGGAAUCAAAAGAUCCUUGGAUUGCUUCCUUUCCCACGUGACUUUUAAAAGGUUCUUGAAAUAAUAAAGAGCAAAUGCCCUGUUCUCUGUGCUGCCGGGACUGGAGGGACAGAGGACGCCUGGCCUCGGGUUUCCUGCUGCUGCUUGUUCUCCUGCAGCCUCGCGGAUUCCACACUGCUCCCCUCCGGCCCAGACGCAGUGCUCGCCUAAUACCUGCCUGUGUUGUACUGGAAGCAAACCAAAAACAAGGCAGUAUAUUGGAACUGAAUGAUAACUGGAGAUUUCUUUAGCUGUUCAAAAAAUACUCUUUUUAAGCCUGAUUCUUUUUCUUUCAAAGUGUACCUUACUCCCACCCUGUCUUGGGCUGACCUUUAUUAAUCAAUAGGCUCGAUGUCACUUUGUUUAAAAUCAAAUGCUUCAGCCCUGGCCAGUAUUGCCCAGUGGUUAGAGUGUAGGCCCGUGGGCCAGAGGGUCCCGGGUUCGGUUCCCACUAAG